UGGGGUUGUUAUAUCUUCAGCUGGCAGAAGCUGCAGCUUCAGAGCUCAGCUAGUUUUCAAACAUGAAGGACAUUCUGAACAAACUGGCCUCUAAUCAUCUCAGCACCUAUGUCUCCAUCAUCCUCAUGUUCACGUACACCAUCCUGCUCAACAGAGACUUCGCCUGCACCUGUAAACCACAGGUGUUGGACUGCAACUCCUACAUGGCCCUGCCUUUCUUUAUCGUCUUCUUCCUGACUCUGUGGACCAACGGAGGGUUCCUGAAAGUGUGCAGGUACACAUUAUGUUGCAGCGAGGGCUGCAGCAAGAAGUGCUGCAGCAAGAAGUGCUGCAGCAAGAAGUGCUGCUGCUUCCUGAUCUUUGCCUCCCCUAAGGUGGUGGAAGCUGUCUUUGUGGGUCUGCUGUGGGUGGCGUUCGUGCUGGUCGAUGGAGACUGGUAUGUGUGCUGUCGAAACAAUGGCUCUGUUGCUCAGGUUGUGUUAGCCUGUAAAGCUAAAGAAAACAUCACCAAGGAUGAGAGGGCGAUGAUCUCAGAUCUGAAGAACAAAUCCAGGGACAUUGCUGGCGGCUUGCUCCUGGGGAUCAUCUGUGUGGGAUUCCUGUUUAAAUUGUUAGUGCGAAGUAAAUGCUGCAACAGAAAGUUUGUCUAUGACAAACUGAUUCUGGAGGAGGAGGGGAAAGUCCUGAAGGACUUGCUGAGGAAAUCAGCAACAGACCAGUUGAGUAAUAAAGUCCAGAUCAAGAUACAGGAGGGACGCUUUGAGGAGUGUUUCAAUGUAGCUGAGGAGCUGAUUAAAGAAUUAACCCCACCAGACGCUCGAGGACAAGCAGAGGAACAGGACCCGGCGGAUGUUCCACUCAAAGAGGCUUUAGGAGCAGACCAAACAGAAGACGUGGAGUCUAAGGUGUGACCAGUCACUUCCUGUUCCAGAGUUUAGGAUUUGAUUUGAUUUUGAGCCACUGUGUUUCAAAUUGUAAUUGUUUUUAAUUGAUCUCAGUGGUUUUUGCAGAGAUAUAAAGACUACUUAUAUAUUCUACUCAAGUAAAAGUACUGUUACUUUAAUGAAAAUUUACUUAAGUACAAGUAAAAGUACCAGUUUAAAAAUGUACUCAAGUAAAAGUUACUUAGUUACUUUUUUUUUAACAACGCAUCUCUUGUGUGUCGUGAUUAAAGGACGAGAGGAUUUUAAUCUCAAAGUUUUUUUAAUUAAAAGCAAAUCUUUACAAAGUUUAUUUUUUCAGAUAAAUAUUUUCUUUUCUAC